CUUGGUGAAAACUCUUGACUACUGCAAGCAGCAUCAUUCUAAAGAUUGUCCAUCUCUUUGUGAUCGCAUUUUCCGACUUUUAAUCCCCACAUAUUGCCAUCAAUUGCUAUCUAGGGAAGGCAUCAUUGGGAUUUAAAGGUGCCAUUCCGGACACUACCUAACCUUGAAAAAAGCUGCGAGAAAAACAGCGAAUACCCGAACGAAGCAAGUCCACCAGCAUGGCCACCGUAAUACGCCUGAAGAGAAGAGUUGAUGAAGAUCCGUUGAACGCGUUCGUGCUGAACUGUAAACGGCAACGAGUGGAAGGUUCUACGGUGGAUCAGGAAUCGAAUGCAACCGCGGAGGAAGGUUCAUCGACUAUUCUGAAGUUUGCAGGCACAUUCACAAAGGCGGAAGGAAUCGCAUCGCACCUACAAAACAUUCACAAAGAUCAAGCAAAGGAUGCGGUUUCGCGUGUGCAUCGACCGAACAUUACGCCCCGCAAUCGGCUGGCUACGAAGCAGAACGCACAAAACAGUCGAUUCAAAAUCGUCAACUGCACCCGCUCGAUCACGAAUGCUGAGAACGAACUGACCGAAACGGCCAUCCCAACCACGAUCGUCGACGUCGAGCGGGACGAUGUCGGGCUGGAGGAGGUCGUAGUUACAGCCGGCACCGAGUCAGAGCAGCAAGCAUUGAUCACACCAGCUGCGCCACAACCCGCCUCGAUGGUCAACAGGCAGGCCGCACAAGAACAGCCACAAGAGCCGUUUGGAGAAGGACAGUAUUCGUAUGAAAACGGUGUGCAUUACGUGUACGAUCUGUACGUGGCGGACACGAGCCAGAAUGUCACGCACAUUCCCUACUUCAGCGGCAAUCUGGACGAGCUCAGCAUCAUGGCAUGUGACGACCCACUGUACUCGUCGCACCGUGGCCUCGAUUCGGACGAUUCGAGCGAUGCCGAUUCGGAGGACUCGAACGCGGAGGACAACUGGCGGAACGACUAUCCGGAUGAGGAAAAUCCCGCAGACGACCAGAGCAUCGGAGAGGACGAUAUGCUGCGGGCGGUCGAAGAACUCGAUUUGGAUGGUGAGCGAGAGCUUUCGUCAGACGAUGAUUAUGUACGAUACGACGUGGAUGGCGAGGAGAACGGGUUUGCCUAUCCGCGGGACGAUGGAGUUCUCUACACGGACGAGGAGGAAGACUCGGACAGUGACGCGGAGGGCGUGGAUCGGGAGGAUGUGCGCCGGUACGGUACGGCGUACGCCCGGUAUAAGGCGCGCAUUCUUCGCGAGGAUGCCCGUGGCGUUGAUGGAAGCAGUACCUCCAGCUCGGAAGAAAACUUUGAUCUUUAUGACUAAAAUCGUCAACAGGAUUCUUACAAAUAAACUAUCAAAA